GAUAUUUAAUAUCUGUUUCAUGUAUUCUUCCGAAAAAUAUGAAAGCACACUUCUAACAUAUAGAAACGCACCCAUUUCCUUAGACCAACUAAGACUACGUCACUUUACGCGGCAAAACACUAUUUUCAACUCCAGUUCUAAAUGACUGUUGUGGCUGCCAGCAUCACACAGAAGAUGAUAAAGGGUGGUUGGGGAAACAGACUGAAAAAGGUGGAGCAACUAGCUCAGUCAUUCCAGCAGUGUCCUCUGUCCUCGGUCUACAAACCUAGGCUAUCCCGGCCAUGGCAGCCGUCCUCUAUAUGGAAGCUCUUCCCUCGACAGUGUAUGGCUAUUCACUUUGCCCAGAGUUGCAGAGAGGAUGCACAUGUGUUUGCGCUUGAGAAGGAACAAACCAAGAUGGGUCAGAGGAUAUACCUGGUCACCAGUUACAGUGAGCUAUGGCAUUACUAUAGUACCUACAGGCAAUCUCUGAUGCAUUGCUACGAGUUGAUUCCAGAGGGGGCCGUUUGCAAGCUGUAUUUUGACUUGGAGUUCCAUAGGCCCUCCAAUAGCCGUAGAGACGGGAAAGUCAUGGUGGCCUCCCUCAUCCAGUAUGUCUGCGAAAAGCUGAAGGACGUGUUUGGGAUUGAGUGCUCUGAGAAAGAUGUACUGAACCUUGACUCCAGCACAGAAGAGAAAUUUAGUCGACAUCUCAUCUUCAUUUUACCAAAUGCUGCCUUUAAGGAUAAUAUACAAGUUGGGCAAUUUAUCCAUGCAAUUCUGCAGCCAGUGCUGAGUUUGCAUAGGAGGGGAAGGGAACUUGAGAAGGACUUGGGUGGAGUCACAGAGGACAGGGGAGAAAGGGGACUAAAGCGAAACUCACAGGCCAUGAGGCCCAAACAUGAAGAUAGAGACCUCAGCUUCCUGUUGGUAAAAAACAAAGAUGGACAGGAUGUCCUCUUUGUUGACCUCGGUGUGUACACCAAGAACAGAAACUUCCGUCUCUACAAAUCGUCCAAGGUGGGAAAGAAUGCUGCAUUCACUGUUGCAGAAGACAACAAGUUUAUCGCCAAGCCUGAGAGGAAUGUCUCUGCCGAGGAGAGCUUGUUUCUUUCCUCCUUAAUCAGCAACGUGAGUUUUACUAGCCAGAAGAUUCUGACAUGGGACCGCCAUGACACGAAAUACAGGAAGUACCCCAAGCCUCAUGCUGAGGAGAGUUCAACUUCACACUGCAUAUCAGAUGCUUUGGAAGGCUAUCAGUGUUCUCCCCACAAAGAGGUGGACAGCUUUGUUCUUACUGUGGUGAAAAAGGAUGGCAUCCAAGGAAGUAUAAGAAGGUGGAACUACUUUGUCUCAGAGCAAUUACUUGUAUACGACAUCCUGAAGUACCGCUGGUGUCAGAAUGUAAACCGGUUCCACAAAAGCAACAACAUCAUGAUUCUGGUAGAUCUCAAAGAUGAGGUCUGGUACCAGAAGUGUCACGACCCUGCGUGCAAGAACUUCAGAUCUUCUAGUUACCCAUUACCACAGGACAUCAGCGUCAGCUACUUCAUAACAAUGGACGAGGAGGACCAGGCAUAUCUAAUGGAUGAUGUGGGGAACAUAAAACUCAGCCAGACACCCCAACACCUAGAGCAGAAAAACCAGGGGGGUUCAGCUGCAAGAGUUCCCCAGGUAGAACUCUGCGAUUCCUGGGGAGACAAACAAGACGACCAGGCCUACCUUGAGGCCCUGGAUAUAGUUGAGAGAAGCACAGAUUUUGCAGAGGAUGUUUCAGAUGAGAUUCUGCUCCAUGCUCUGAGUUACCAGGAGUAGAAUGUAAGAAUAAUUAAUUAAUGAUUUAAAAGGGUUUAUUUCCUUUACAGUAAUGUGGUGAAAUUUGUCUUUGUUAAUUACUGGUUGUUAAUGCAGUCCUGAGUUACGGUGUGUAAAUUAAAGACUGUUGGACACUU